CUUAAUGCUGUCUUGGUUAGCAUUGUGAAAAAGAUUGAUUAUAAAUGGCCGUGACCUGAAGAGCUUCUCGGCCUCAAAUACGUGAGACUCCAGAAGAGCGCGUGAAGCGUGUGCAUGGGACGGGAGGAAGAACCUGCUGAAGAGUCAGAAUUCGGCACAACACUGAACCCGGUGACGGUGAAAUAACAUCCACAAUGGACAGGCGAAGGCGGCAAAGUCUAAGUAAUCCUCCUACGAUGAGUGAUCUGAGGAUUGUUCUUCUGGGGAAGAAUCUAUCAGAAAACAGCCAAGUCAGAAACCUAAUCCUGGGAAUUGAUCUGCGUGAGAAUGAAGAACCUACAGCUUUAGAGCAGCUCAGUGUGAUGAAAAUCGGUGGAAUGGUGAAGGACAGACACGUCACAGUCAUUAACACCCUUCAUCUGCUGAGUCCUAACCUCUCAGACCAUCAGAUCACACAGACAGUGAGAGACUGUGUGAAUCUGUCUGCUCCAGGACCUCAUGCAUUCAUACUCAUACUGCAGUAUAAAGACUUCACUGAGGAGGACAUGGGAAGAGUGAAAUAUGUGCUGAAAGAAUUCAGUGAGGAUGCGAUUAGACGUGCCAUUGUUCUCACGACUGAUAAAGAGACAUACAGAUCAAUAAUUAGUUCCAUAAUCAGCCAUCCUGAACAGUUGAUUGUAGGCAAUGCUCUGGAGACAACUAUUCAUCAGUUAAUAAAGGAGUGUGGAGGACAUCUUCAGCUGGAUGAAAUAAAACCAGAAUUGCAAGCAGACAUAUUUAAAAGGGUUGAUAAGAUACUCAAGGAUAACAAGGAAGAAUAUCUCACAUGUGACAUAUUUCAUGAUGUUGUAGGAUCGUCUGUGGAUGAAGAGCAGCUCAAUUCAGAGGAAGAAAACAAGAAGAGCUCUCACCACAAUAAUGAUGGAAAACCCAACGAGAGACAGAAAAGGAGAAGUGGUGAAGGAAGACUCUUUUCAAAUUCAUCUGGAAAACAGAAGCUGAACCUGGUUCUGUGUGGAAGUAAUCCAACAUUUAAAGUCUCUGUGUCCAAACUUUUACGAGGGAAGAAGAUAAAACCUCCAGAUCGGAAAGCAAGCGGUGAAGAGUGUGUGAAGAAAGAGCAGAAGACUCAUGGUUGUCUGAUCAGUCUGGUGGAGCUUCCAGCUCUCAGUCGGCUCUCAGAGGAGGAAGUGAUGCGUCAGACUCUCAACUGUGUGUCUCUCUGUGAUCCUGGAGUUCAUGUUUUCAUCAUUGUCAUUCCUGUUGCUCCACUGACUGAUGAAGACAAAGCAGAAAUGGAGGAGAUCCAGAAGACUUUUUACUCCAAACAGCAUUUCAUGCUGCUUUUCACAUCGGACCUCAGUGUUGAAGGACUUGCGUUAGAUUUUGUCAAAUCCAGCACAGAAUCUCAGAGGUUAAUCAGUCGCUGUGGAGGUCAGUACAGAGUGAUGGGGUUUAAUGAACCUGAAAACUCAAGACAGAUCCCAGAACUGCUGGAUUAUAUUGAGAACAUGAAGACUGAACCGUAUUCACUACAGACGUAUGUGAAAGCUCAGGAGAACAGAGUCAGGAAUGAACUAGAGGAAAAACUGAGUGAAAUGAAGAGUAAAAUCAAAGAGUUGGAGCAGAAAAUUCAGUUAGAAGGUGCUGAAGGUGAAGCAGACGAUCAGGAAUGUUUGAGGAUUGUGCUGAUCGGGAGGACAGGAAGUGGGAAGAGUGCAACAGGAAACACUAUUCUGGGAAGAAAUGAGUUUCGCAGCCAAUUAAGGCCAGAUUCAGUGAUGACAGUUUGUGAGAAGGGGUUUGGUCAGACUGAUGGUCGAUCAGUAGCUGUUGUUGAUACACCAGGUCUCUUCGACACGACACUGUCAAAUGAUCGAGUGUUGGAAGAAAUAGUGAAAUGCAUUUCAAUGUCGUCACCUGGACCUCAUGUGUUCGUCAUUGUGUUGAGUUUGGGAAGAUUCACCAAAGAGUCAAUGGACACUAUGGAUCUGAUAAAGCAGAUCUUUGGUCAUAAAGCCGCUCAGUUCAGCAUCGUUCUGUUCACUAGAGGAGAUGAACUGGCAGAUGAAUCCAUACAAGAUUAUGUGAAUAAUUAUAAUUGUGCUGAACUCAAGAAACUGAUCAGAGAUUGUGGAAACAGAUUCCUGGUCUUCAAUAAUAAAGAAAAACGAGACAAAACUCAAGUGAUUCAACUGUUAAACAUGAUAGAAGAGGUGAAAAAUACUAAUGCUGGUCGAUACUUCACUAACAGCAUGUUUGAGGAGGCAGAGAUGUCCAUUAAGAAGAGAAUGGAGGAAAUACUGAAAGAAAGAGAAAGAGAGAUUGAGGCACAAAAUGAGGCAUUAAAAGCCAAAUAUGAGCUGGAAAAGAAAAACCUGAUGAAGAGACUCGAGGAGGAGAAACAGAGAGCAGAUGAAGAGAGAAUGAAAAUGGAGAAUCAACUAAAAGAAAAAGAGGAAAAACUCAGAAAAGAAAGAGGAAAAACAGCAAAGAGACGAAUAUCAUAG